GUAAAUAACCUUGUUUUGGUAAAUACUUUCAAAACCAUACAGUAGAUAUUUUUUUUAACACUAUUGUGGUCAAAAAUUCUUUGUUUACUAAAAUAUAAAAAUAAAUAAAGAGAAAAUAUGGGAGUGUGGGGGAUUGAGAAAGACACGUAAUGCAAUGGUUAGCCAAUGAAUAGGAGACACAAAUGGCGGAUUACUCCCACCAAUCAGAAUAUUCAAGCGUAAAAAUUUGGUGCUGCGGUUGUUAAACGAACAGAUCAUGAAGAGAUUCGUCAUCGCUAUUUGUCGCUAUGCAGUAUCAAACAUUGAUGAAAAAGUAGAAACUGAAGAACCUUGACGAUCUUUAUCUGAAUCUCCUUCGUCAAUUUACUCUGUGUGUUUCUUCUUAAAUGGCGGCAAUACUGGCUUCUAAUAGCUGCUAUUGCCGUGAUGUGCAAUUGGUAAAUCAAGGAAGAACAGCUGAAAAUCUCAGCUUCUCAAGAGCUCUUUCUAUCCGGAAAUUGGAUCGCCAUGACUGUGCUUCACAUAAAACUGAAAGGUUUCGCAAAUUCCAUGUUAAGAUGCAGCAGACAGAAUCGCCCAUGAAAUUUGGUACCAACGGUCGACCUGUAAAGUUGGUUACAAAUGGUCAAACUGUGAAGUUGGGUGCCAAUGGUAAACCAGUAAAUUUGGACACCAAUGGUAAGCCUGUAAAGUUGGGUUCCAAUGGUAAACCAGUCACCAUGGUUUCCACCAGUGAACUUGUAAACAACAAGACUCCAUCCAAACAAACAUCAGGAUUAGUGAAUGGAUCACGAUCAGCACCAAUUGUUAAUGGAACAAGUCUUGUUAAGAGAGAGACCACUCCAGCACUAGUUAAGUCAGUAAAAGUUAAAGAACCCACAGGAUUUCCACCCUCUGAAGAAUUAAAGGUGUUGCCAUCAGAUGAAAGUUUCAGCUGGGCAAAUGAAAAUUAUAAUUCGGUGCAAAGAUCAAUAGAUGUUUGGUCUUUUGUUCUUUCUUUGCGUGUUCGUGUUCUAUUGGACAAUGCAAAAUGGGCAUAUCCUGGAGGCUUCACAGAAGAAAAACAGAAAAACAGAAGAAGAAAAACAGCUUCAUGGUUAAGAGAGAGUGUGCUUCAACUUGGCCCAACUUUUAUAAAACUCGGGCAGUUAUCUUCAACAAGAUCAGAUCUAUUUCCACGUGAAUUUGUCGAUGAGCUUGCUAAAUUACAGGACAGAGUACCAGCUUUCUCACCAGCAAAAGCGAAAGGUUUUAUUGAAAAAGAAUUGGGAGCUCCUGUUCAUAUAAUCUUUAAGGAGUUUGAAGAAAGACCAAUUGCAGCUGCUAGUCUUGGUCAGGUACAUCGUGCAAUAUUACAUAAUGGAGAGAAAGUGGUUGUUAAAGUUCAAAGACCUGGUUUGAAGAAACUUUUUGACAUAGAUUUAAAGAAUUUAAAGCUGGUGGCUGAGUAUUUUCAAAGGAGUGAAAGUCUUGGUGGUCCAACAAGAGACUGGAUAGGCAUCUAUGAUGAAUGUGCCAAGAUCUUGUAUGAGGAGAUUGAUUAUAUAAACGAAGGGAAAAAUGCUGAUAAAUUUCGUAGGGAUUUUCGUAAUGUUAAGUGGGUCCGAGUGCCUCAAGUAUUCUGGGAUUAUACUGCAACAAAGGUGCUAACUUUGGAGUAUGUACCAGGAAUUAAGAUUAAUAAUUUGGAUUUGAUAAAAGAAAGGGGUUACAGUCGAUCUCAAAUCUCUUCACAUGCCAUUGAAGCAUACUUGAUUCAGAUACUGAAAACUGGUUUCUUUCAUGCUGAUCCUCACCCUGGAAAUCUUGCAAUUGACUCAGAUGAAUCACUAAUCUACUAUGAUUUUGGCAUGAUGGGGGAGAUUAAAUCCUUCACUAGAGAAAGAUUGAUGGAUCUUUUUUAUGCAGUUUAUGAAAAAGAUGCAAAAAAGGUUAUGAACAGUUUGAUAAGUCUUGAAGCACUUCAACCUACUGGAGACAUGUCAUCAGUGAGAAGAUCUGUUCAGUUCUUUUUGGAUAAUUCUUUAAACCAGUCACCAGAUCAGCAAACAACUUUGGCUGCAAUAGGCGAGGAGUUAUUUUCCAUUGCCACAGAUCAACCUUUCCGGUUCCCAUCAAACUUCACAUUUGUGAUUAGGGCUUUUUCCACUCUUGAAGGAAUCGGCUACUCACUGGAUCCAGAUUUUUCAUUUGUCAAGAUUGCUGCACCUUAUGCACAGGAGCUAUUAGAUCUCAAACAACAGCGUAGUGGGACACAACUUGUACAAGAGAUACGAAAACAAGCGGAUGAUGCAAGAUCAUACACCAUGUCAAUGCCUUAUAGAGUUCAACGAAUCGAAGAGUUUGUAAAACAACUAGAAUCAGGAGACCUUAAACUUCGUGUCAGAGUUCUCGAGUCUGAGAGAGCAGCUAGGAAGGCAACAAUAUUGCAAAUGGGAACCCUGUAUACGGUUCUCGGGGGUACACUUGUAAAUAUUGGUCUCACAAUGACCACUCAAGGCAACCAACUUAUAGCAAAUGGGUCAUUUAUUGCUGCUGGUGUUUUUCUAGCAUUACUUAUUAGGUCAAUGCAAAGGGUGAAGAAGCUUGAUAAAUUUGAAAAGAUGAUUUAAAUUUAGGAACAUUAUUUAGGUUCCCAAUUUAAGUGCCUAAAUAGCAUUUUUUUCCAACACAUGUAUUAUUUGUAUACAUAGCUGUAUAGAAAAGAAAGUAAAGCUCAACUGCAAACGGAUACAAUAUAAAAGUCCCUUUACUUUUUUUUUUACCAAUAUAAAUGUAUUUAGUUUUACCCAAUAUAACUAUGUAAUUACAUUUCUUUACCCCACCAAUCAUAACAAUGUGUAACUCAUUGUAUCAGCAUACUUACAUUUCUUUACAUAUAAUAGCAACGUGCUCACAAUAGCAUUUCUUUAUUGAUAAUGAGAAUAAUGGUAGCCAAAAUGUAAAUACGUUGCUAUUAUGAGUAAAAAUUACCAGUAUAUUGCUAUUAUGGGUACAAAUAAAGUACAUUGAUAUAACUUUGUAAAACACUUUAACUACAUAUGCAAC